AUGGCUGUCAGUUUGUCUUCAUACAGAAAGGAAACUCACAAAAUAUACAGACAAAAACUAGAAGAGCUCACCAGUCUUCAAGCAACUUGCAGCAACGCCAUCAGUAAACAGAGGAAAUGUCUGAAAGACUUGAGGCACAGUUUAACCAAGUGCGCACAGACGUGUGACGAGAAAGAGCUGAAACUAAUAACUGACAUCAAAACACAAAUAAAAGAUAAAGAAAAUGUUUUCUUUGACAUGGAAGCAUAUUUGCCAAAGAAAAAUGGACUAUACUUGAAUUUGGUCCUGGGCAACGUGAAUGUAACCCUUCUCAGUAACCAGGCAAAAUUUGCCUACAAAGACGAGUAUGAGAAGUUCAAGCUUUACAUGACAAUAAUCCUGAUGUUCGGAGCAAUAACCUGCCUCUUCUUUCUAAACUGUCGGGUCACUGAUGAAAUCUUCAACUUUUUGUUGGUGUGGUACUACUGCACAUUAACAAUAAGGGAAAGCAUCCUCAUAAACAACGGCUCCAGGAUCAAAGGGUGGUGGGUGUCUCACCAUUAUGUCUCCACCUUCUUGUCAGGUGUUAUGCUGACAUGGCCAGAAGGACCUAUGUAUCAGAUGUUCAGGAGCCAGUUUCUUGCCUUCUCCAUCUAUCAAAGCUUUGUUCAGUUCCUUCAGUACUACUACCAGAGCGGCUGCUUAUACAGGCUGCGAGCUUUGGGAGAGAGAAAUCAGCUGGACCUCACAGUGGAGGGAUUUCAAUCUUGGAUGUGGAGGGGACUCACGUUUCUUUUGCCUUUUCUAUUUUUUGGCCAUUUUUGGCAGCUGUACAACUCGGUGACCUUGUUCCGCUUGGCAAGCCAUGAGGAUUGUAAGGAGUGGCAGGUAUUCAUGCUGGCUCUAACAUUUCUCGUCCUGUUCCUGGGAAACUUUCUCACCACGGUAAAAGUCGUCCACCAAAAAGUUCAGAAAAACUCAGAGAAGGUCCAAAAAACUGACUGAGAAUAACCUCAGCGAGGCAUCUUCAAGGGCCAGUCAUUUUGAAGUAACACGCACAAUCGCUUGAUGGACUGAACAGAGUGUGAUCAGGUCAAGAGACGACGAGGCUAAAGCCACCGUUUUCUCUCGGGCAGCAGCGUCCGGCCAAAGUUUCUGACAAACAUGUUUUUACAUAUGUAUGACUGUGUUGAUGUUCAUAUGGGCACAUCACAAAGUGACGUUCACCUGAUAGAUUAGUCUCUUUAACGUGUGUGUGUGUGUGUGUGUGUGUGGAAAGAGUGCGUUUAUUUGGGUGUUUGUGUCUGUGCAUGAACCUUAGCGGAGAGCCUCUGUUCAAAUCAUAUGCAAGUAAUGAGGGAAGGUAGCAUCGUUUAACAGAACAGAAAAUAGUUUGCCUUUGAAGACCUAACGUCUGUCACACACAUGCUUCAUACUUCUGUGAAGUAAUGAUGAUCAAAACGUCUCCCAAAAAAAUUGAUCAUUUUCAGUUUGAGGCUGUACUUUACCACCUUCUCUUUGUCUCAUCUCCCUGUUGUGUGAUAUUAUUUUUACUGCUAGUCUUUAGGUCCUGAAAAUCUCAAAUGUAAGUCCAAAGCUUAAAAAAAAAAAUCAAACUGAUGCUUGAGAUUUAUCUGAAAGGGUGGAGGAAAAAAAGAAUCCCUCUGCUGUCUCGAGUGAGAGCAGCUGCUCUGUCUUUACUGUUACUGUUUUGUUUCCAGAUGAGUUGGGACUACAAAGGGAGCGCUACAUUGUUUGUCUUUUUGAAAGCAGCGGUUUCAAAAGCCAUAACUUUUUAUUUUUUUCUUUUUCUUUUUUUUUUUUUUUUAAAUCCCAAGAAGAUGCACAUAACAUUUAGCGACACAGUUUUUGGGGAAGAUAGUUCAAAUUACUGUUCUGUGAGUUACCGUUUUGUUACAUGUUGGAGAAAUGUUUUGAUUAAAUGCUGCUAUUGGCACCAGUACUGUGAGACUGAUACUGAAUUAUGAUUAUUAUUUUUUUUUUUAUUUAAAUGUAUUCAAUUAUUUUUCUAAUUCCAAUCCACAGACCCAUAUACGCUAUAAUAUUUGAACUAAUUUAUGGUGAGACCCUUCACUUUGCUUCACAUAGUUUUCUCUGAUGCCUUACUUUUUAUUCAUGGGACAGGGGAGGGGACAAAAAAACACUUGUAUUGUGAAAAUGGUUUCAUUGAUUGUGUCAUGUCUUGUGCAAUCAUGCUCCUGGAGAGAAUCUCAGUAUCUGUGUAUGACUUUUUUUUUUUUUUUUUCUUUUUUUUUUUAUUGAGGGAAAUUGAUCACAUCUGAUGUGAUUUAAAACACUUUGUCUUUAACACACAGAAAAAUUGUACGUAGCCAUUUUUUCAAGAAUGCAAUUUGCUCCCUGAGUUUUUCAUUCAUGUGUCCGUUAUGGUUAAAUCAGCACCUGAUUAAGAACAUUAACUCGUUUUUUCUUGUUCUCACAGGUGUUCACUGUAUUCAUUACAUUGUUUCAGUCCAACCUGUGAUAAAAGCCUAAAUAAACUGUGCAGCCGC